GGUGUAUGUUGAACGCGAUCUCGUGUGUUCUCGCGAGAUGUUCAUUAGAAUGGUUGGCGGCGGAAUUUCGAUUUCCAAAUCUAGCAGGUUGUUACUUCUGCACCGCUUGCUGGCACAUCUUCAUCUAUCCCGUCGUUCGAACGCAAGCCUGGCAGUGAGCGGCCGGCAGCGUGCCCUUCUCCUUCAUCUUGCUUAGAAGAAAGAGCGCAGAAUGUCUAAAAGGAAAGGCAGUCCUCCUGUGAAAUCAACUCCCCACAAACGACCGACAUCUGUGCAGCAUGACGACAACGAAGAAGAUGAAGAUCAAGACCAAGAUGAAGACCAAGACCAACUUUGCACACAGGAGCAAAUUGUGGCUGAGGUGGCGAGUGACGCUGGCAUUGUGGAGAGCAUCACGCUGAAGAACUUCAUGUGCCACUCUUUCCUCGGCCCCAUCAACUUCGGAUCCAACGUCAACAUUGUCGUCGGCCGUAACGGAAGUGGAAAGAGCGCCAUCCUGACAGCGCUCAUUGUCUCUUUAGGUGGGAACGCGCAGGUCUCAGGCAGGGGGUCGUCCCUCAAGAGUUUUGUCAAGGAAGGUGAAAGCUCGGCCGAAGUGUCCGUCACCUUACGAAACCGAGGCAAGGACGCCUACAAACCUGAGCUGUACGGCGCCUCCAUCAUCAUUGACGUGAGGCUCAGCCACGAUGGCGUGAGAACGUACAAGCUGAAGAGUCAAAACGAGCAAACAAUCUCAACCAAAAAGGAGGAGCUUGCGUUGAUUCUGGACAAUUUUAAUAUUCAGGUCCACAAUCCUGUGUCAGUUCUCAACCAAGAGAUGAGUAAGAACUUCCUGCAUUCUAAAGGAGAGGCAGACAAGUACAAGUUUUUCAUGAAGGCCACGCAACUGGAACAGAUGAAAGAGGACUUUAUCCACAUUAAAGCCACCAAGAAUAUGACCGAAGAAAAAAUGGCGCAACAUGGCGAGUACUUGAAGGAGCUGAGGCAAAAGUACCUGGAAAAAGAGGAUCGCUACAAGAGCCUGUCGUCCGUGGAUGAGAUGCAGACCAAGCUGGAGGAGUUGCAGAAGCAAAUGGCCUGGGCUCUGGUGAUGGAGAUAGAGAAGGAACUGGAGCCUUUGAAAGAGAAACUGCAGGCCAAUAAACAAUCUACGGAGAAAUACGAUGAGAAAGUGAAUGAAUGGAAGAACAAGGUCAAGGAGGCCGAGCAGAAGUACAAACUGAUCCAAGAACAGCUGGAGGGCAUCACACAGCAGGUGCAGGAACUGCAGCCCAAAUGUGCCGAGCUCAAGGCAGAGGCGCAGAACCGCGGCGCCCUUUUCAAGUCCAGCGAGGUCGCGGUCCACAGAUGCCAGGUCAGCCUGAGGGACCUGGAGCGGGACAAGGCUCACCUGUCUUCCAAGAUCAACGAUCUGCAGCUCAGCAUCAACCGGGCGACGGGCUCUGCCAGGCAGGCCAGGGUUGAGAGCAUGCAGCGCAUCAACCGCCACCUGGAGGAUCUCCAUCAUCAGACGGAAACGCUGGGCCAGCAGAUUAGCCAGUAUCAGCACGCCUGCGCCCGGGCCAAGGAGGAUCAUGCCAAGAUACGACGAGAGCACGAUGCACUGAAGCAGUCCACUGAAGCCCACGCGAGGAACUUGCGGGCAGUGGAAGGCAGUCGAUCCAAUCGGCUGCGGCGCUUUGGCGAACACAUGCCCGCGCUGCUCUACGCCAUCCAGGAUGCGCACAAGCAGGGGUUCUUCAAGCACAAGCCACGAGGACCCCUGGGUUACCUGAUCAGACUGAAGGACCCGGAGCAGGCUCUCGCCAUCGAGGUGUGCUUGGGAAGUCUACUGCAGGCCUUCACCUGCGACAACUACGACGACGAGAAAGUGCUGAAGGGACUCAUGGGCAGAGUCUUGGGGCCGCAGUCGGGCCGCCGGCCUCCCAUCAUCACCUGCAAGUUUCUCCCAAACGUCCACGAGACCAGGAGGAGGGCUGUGAACCACCCGGACUACCCAUCAGUGCUUCAGACUCUAGAAAUUGAUGACCCGGUGGUGACCAAUUGUUUGAUCGAUCAAAGGGGCAUUGAGAGCAUUUUGCUCAUCAAGAAUCGGGCCGAGGCUUGUGACGUGAUGAUUUCCAGAAAGCCCCCCCCCAACUGCUACCAGGCUUUCUCCAAAGACGGUGACCAGGUUUUUGCUGACCGCUGCUACGCUGCCGAGCAGACGCGAGCCAACUACCUGUCAGGGGACGUGGAGGAGGAGAUCAGACACCUGCAAAGAGAGGUGGAGACUCAAAAGUCUCAGGCGUCUACCCUGCAACGGCAAAUGACCGAGCUGGAAGAGGACAUCAAACAAAAUGAGAGACUGGAGAUGGAAGCCCAAGCAGAAAUGAAGACUGCCAUUGACAAAGCCACAAAGUAUCGACUGGAGCUGUCGGACCUGCAGAACUUGGAAGAGCCUCAGCUGGAGGACCUCAAGCCGCUGGAAGAGGACCUUCAGGAGAUUGUCACCAAGAUGGCGGAGGAGAACCAAAAGUGUGAGGAGGCGAGAGCCCAGAGGUCCGAGCUCAAGGAGAACUACCAGAAAGCAGAGCAGGAGUACAACCUGCACAAGGAGCGCAUCAACAUCAACGUUGAGAAGGCCGAUGCCAUCAAGGAGGAUCUGAUCAAAGUGGACCAGGAGGUGAUGAAGUGCAAACAUCACAAGAAGUACUACGACGACAAACGCGGUGGCCAUCUCCAAAGCAUCCAGGAGCUGGAGGACACCUUGGGCAACAAAGAGCAGGAAGUACAGGUCAACGUGCUCAAAGCCACGCAGAUUUGGCCUGAGCGCCUCCAAGUGAAGCGCACCGCCAAGAGCUUGGACACGGAGAUCAGCCGACUCAAGGUGAAGCUCGCCACCCAGCAGGACCAGGAGGGCGACCGCCACGAGAUCAUCAGAGAAUACCGUGACGCUCUGAAAAAGUACAAGAACACGGCGCAGCAGAUGAAGAACCUCAACAUCUUCAUCAAAAGCCUGGACAGGGUGAUGAAUCAAAGACUUAAAGUUUUUGGUGACCUGAGGAGUUACCUGUCGGCGCGGUGUAUAUAUUACUUCAGUGUCACGCUGUCGCAGAGGGGCUACACGGGAACCAUGAACUUUGACCACAAGAACGAGACCCUCGUCAUCUCUGUGCAGCCCGGAAGAGGAAGCGAAGGCGACUUGGUCAACAUGCGCUCACUUUCGGGGGGCGAGCGCUCCUUCUCCACAGUCUGCUUCGUUCUCUCGCUCUGGGGCAUCACGGACGCGCCCUUCCGCUGCCUGGACGAAUUUGAUGUUUACAUGGACAUGGUGAACCGCAGGAUCUCCAUGGACAUGAUGUUGCAGGUAGCCGAGAGCCAGCGCUACCGGCAGUUUAUCUUCAUCACGCCACAGAGCAUGAGUUCGCUCCCGGAAACCGAUCUCAUCAACAUCCUCCGUCUCAAGGAUCCGCAACGAGGCCAAGAAAACCAAGAUGAGCAAUUAUAAUGCGCAUGUGAGAUUUGCGUCUUAUGUUCACCCCAUCAAGUAUUUGUUUUCUAAGUAUGUUGAGCACAAAAAUAUUUUUUUGUUUGUUUUUGAACACAAUAAACUAUUUUGCACCUUCAA